GCAACAGAUGAGGAAACUGCGAGGCUACAUGGCCACAGUCAACAACGACAACAGGAGGCAGGAUACUGUGGUGAUUAACAGCACCGACUCUGAAGCCAGUCUGAAUCCGAGAGCCGGAGCUGUGCAACAACAGCACCAACAUAACAAUCACAGCCGACCCCAACCGGCACCUACCGCGAAGGUCACAACUACACUUGCGGGUUUUUAAAUCGCCCACUACUCACCAGUCCCGGAAACUUCGCUGCGUCACUUCCGGUCCUGCGUCGGCGCUCCGGGCUCUGUGGCAAUGGGCUCCCCGUAGCGGGAGAACUGGGCGGAAGUGGUCCUUUCCGUUUGGCAGCCGAGUGUAAAGCAUUGCUUGAGGUUGCUCAGAGACUUAUUUUUAAACUGGCUGUAAGACUCUGAUAAAUUACAUAGUCCUUCCUGAAACCACUAAGAGGAAAAAUGUCUGUGACACUGCACACAGAUGUAGGUGAUAUUAAAAUUGAAGUCUUCUGUGAGAGGACACCCAAAACAUGUGAGGUUUCUGCUGCAUCAUUUCUCAAUCAUUAUUUUUACUCUCUUCAGAAUUUCUUGGCUCUUUGUGCCAGUAAUUACUACAAUGGAUGUAUAUUUCAUAGGAAUAUCAAGGGUUUCAUGGUUCAAACGGGAGAUCCAACAGGAACUGGAAGAGGAGGCAGCAGUAUAUGGGGCAAGAAGUUUGAGGAUGAAUAUAGUGAAUAUCUUAAGGAAUUCCAUUCCCAAAUGUUUACUCAAGAGAAACUUCACAAUGUUAGAGGUGUUGUAUCUAUGGCUAAUAAUGGCCCAAACACCAAUGGAUCUCAGUUCUUCAUCACCUAUGGCAAACAGCCACAUUUGGACAUGAAAUACACCGUAUUUGGGAAGGUAAUAGAUGGUCUGGAAACUCUAGAUGAGUUGGAGAAGUUGCCAGUAAAUGAGAAGACUUAUCGACCUCUUAAUGAUGUACACAUUAAGGACAUAACUAUUCAUGCCAACCCAUUUGCUCAGUAGCUGUAAUAGACCUGGACAAAUAACUUGACAAAUUGCUGGAACACACUUAUUGUGGUUUACCCGGUUUUAAUUAUGUACCUCCUGAAUCUAAAAAUUUUUUAGAGAUUCAUCUCUAAAUUUUUCAGAGAUUACAUCAUCCUUCUGCUUGUUUACAACUAUGAUCUUCUAUGAAAUAAUGAUACCAAGGGGCACCCAACAGCUUUUAUCCCCAUUCUUGGAGCAUAGUCUUUAUUUAUAAUGAUUAUCCAACAUAUUUCUUUAAUUUUAAUACAAAAAAUACAUCAUUUAAUUUUUGUUACAUAUAAACAUUCAUUUUUAAAUGCUGAACCUCAAGCGCAGGCAUUUUUUGAGCGGCCUGAUUACAUAUUCCUACCACAGCAAGUCCAUAUCCUGGAAGUGUUACUUUAUAAUAAAAUUUAAAAUGUUUUAAGGAACUAAAUUGGAGGACAAAUUAAUUUAAAAUAUUGUGUAAAAUUACC